AUGAAGCCAUCUACUUCUUCCCUUUUCGAAAUGACCCAGGAUUACUUUCACAAAGCACCUCUUAUGACCGUGCCCGGUAGAACUCAUCCAGUGGAGAUAUUUUAUACUCCAGAACCAGAACGUGAUUAUCUCGAAGCGGCUAUCCGUACUGUAAUCCAGAUUCAUAUGUGCGAAGAGAUCGAGGGUGACAUAUUACUGUUUCUGACGGGACAAGAGGAGAUUGAGGAAGCAUGCAAACGUAUCCAGAGAGAAGUAGAUGGGUUGGGCCCGGACGUUGGUGAACUCCGUUGCAUUCCUCUCUACUCUACCCUUCCACCAAAUCUUCAACAAAGAAUUUUUGAAUCUCCUCCUCCAAAACGUGCAAAUGGGGCUGUUGGUCGAAAGGUUGUAGUGUCCACAAAUAUUGCAGAGACAUCCCUCACAAUUGAUGGAGUGGUUUUUGUUAUUGACCCAGGUUUCGCAAAGCAGAAAGUCUACAAUCCUCGUAUUCGUGUUGAAUCUCUCUUAGUCACUGCUAUCAGCAAAGCUUCUGCACAACAACGUGCUGGGAGGGCCGGGCGUACAAGACCUGGAAAAUGUUUUAGAUUGUAUACAGAAAAGGCAUAUACAAAUGAGAUGCAAGAGAACACAUAUCCAGAAAUUCUCCGGUCAAACCUGGGUACUGUUGUCCUCCAGUUGAAAAAACUGGGAAUUGAUGAUUUGGUGCAUUUUGACUUUAUGGAUCCUCCCGCUCCGGAAACUCUGAUGCGUGCUCUAGAGUUAUUGAAUUAUUUGGCAGCACUUGAUGAUGAUGGUAACCUAACCGAUCUAGGAAGUAUGAUGGCUGAGUUCCCACUUGAUCCCCAAUUAGCCAAAAUGGUUAUCGCCUCUUGCGAUUACAACUGCUCAAAUGAAAUCCUGAGUAUCACUUCAAUGUUAUCAGUACCUCAAUGCUUCGUACGCCCUGCCGACUCCAAGAAAACUGCAGACGAAGCCAAAAUGCGUUUUGCUCACAUUGAUGGUGACCAUUUGACUAUGUUAAAUGUAUAUCAUGCCUUCAAACAGAAUCAUGAAGAUCCACAGUGGUGUUAUGAUAAUUUCAUAAAUUUCCGCUCAUUAAAAUCUGCUGACAACGUUCGGGUACAAUUAUCACGUAUUAUGGAUCGAUUUUCUCUUCGUCGUUCAAGUACAGACUUCACUUCUCGAGAUUAUUACAUUAACAUUCGAAAAGCUUUGGUAUCUGGCUUUUUCAUGCAGGUUGCGCAUCUUGAACGUACUGGACAUUAUUUAACUGUAAAAGACAACCAAGUGGUCCAGCUUCACCCCUCUACAGUAAUGGAUCACAAACCGGAAUGGGUGUUGUACAAUGAGUUCGUCCUUACAACAAAGAAUUACAUACGUACAGUGACUGAAGUAAAACCAGAUUGGCUUGUGCGUAUCGCGCCUCAAUAUUAUGAUAUGUCUAAUUUCCCUGAUUGUGAUGCUCGACGGAUACUCGAACGAAUUGUUCACAGGAUUCAAAAUCGUAAACUUCAACAAGAUCAAAAGCAAAGCCAAGAGCCGAAAUUGCAAGCGCAAACUUGA